AUGGUGGUGUCCCCGAUGUGCAUGGAUUGCCCGGAGGCGGUGGAGACUAUUAGCCAUGUGCUUUUUGAGUGCCCGCGAGCAGCUAAGGUCUGGAGGAGGGAAUCCUUCCCAAGGAAUGCCAGAGUUUUUGAGGGGAGGAGGGCCUCUCUGAGGUCCGUUGUAAAGCGGGCUCUCUGUCAGGCAGUGGAGAUCCUGGAGGCCACUGAGGUUGAUUCAUCUAGGAUAGCUAGGGACAUCUGGGACCCCCUCUUCGCUACCAUAGUGCCCGGGUUUGUCUUUGUCUCUUGGGAGCCCCCACCCCCUGGCUACCUAAAAGGGAACUUCGAUGGAAGCUUGUCCGGCGGUGGCGAUCAGGCGGGAGUAGCUUUUGUCAUCAGAGAUCAUGGCGCUAGGCUAAUUGCAGUAGGGGGUUGCCGCUCCUUCGAGGCUUCGGCCUUUGGAGCAGAGCUCAGGGCAGCCUGGGAGGGACUUUCUUAUGCGAGAUAUAUUUUGCAGGCAUGCUGCAUCAUUUUGGAUGGAGACUCAGCUUCUCUGAUAGCGCGCCUCAGGAAGAUGGGGCGGGAGGAGGUGGAGCACCCACUUCUGAGUGAUAUUCGCCGGAUGCUACGGGAGUGCCGGAUUCUUCAAGUCGGACAUAUUUUUUGGGAGGCGAACCAGGCGGCUGACUGGGUUGCCUCUUUCGCUGCACAUCUCUCUGAAGAGUUUCUUUGGAUUCAGCAGGCUUCUAUUCCUUUUGCUUUACUUUUUUUGUUUGAUGCUGAUGUAGCUGGCAGUUCUCAUGAUAGGAUAGUGUGA